AAAAAUCGUCAAAAGAUGUCCUCCGUCAAAUUGUUCGGCAAGUGGUCAUACCAAAACAUUGAAGUCAAGGAUCUCUCCUUGAAGGAUUACAUUGCUUCUUCUCCUGAACACGCUCAAUAUUUGCCACACUCUGCUGGUAGAUACAACGUCAAGAGAUUCAGAAAGCAACACUGCCCAAUCGUUGAAAGACUCGUCAACUCAAUGAUGAUGCACGGUAGAAACAACGGUAAGAAGUUGUUGGCUGUCAGAAUUAUCAAGCACGCUUUCGAAUUGAUCCACAUCAUGACCAAGGAAAACCCACUCCAAAUUUUGGUUGAUGCUGUCCAAAACGGUGGUCCAAGAGAAGACUCCACCAGAAUUGGUACUGCUGGUGUUGUCAGAAGACAAGCUGUCGACGUUUCCCCAUUGAGAAGAGUUAACGUUGCUAUCUACUUGAUUACUCAAGGUUCUCGUGAAGCUUCUUUCAGAACCAUCAAGUCUUUGGCUGAAUGUUUGGCUGAUGAAAUCAUCAACUGUGCUAAGAUGUCACCAAACUCUUAUGCUAUUAAGAAGAAGGAUGAAGUUGAAAGAGUCUCCAAGGCUAACAGAUAAAUUGUUUACCCAGAAAAUAAAUCACUUAAAAAAAUUAUUAUUAA